AUGACAGAAUUGCUUUUGGAAUGGAACAAGCAACUCACUAAAGAGCAGGAUGAACAUGGAAACAUGCCGCUACAUUUUGCUUUGUCACUAGAAGGGGAGGCACAUGGAAUGCUUCCCCUCUAUGCUGUGCCGGUUAAAAAAGGAAAAGCUAUUGCGACCCUUUUGAACAUAACAAAACCAACGUUGGAACUUACCAGGCAAUUACUGGAAGUAGAUGCAUAUUCAGCAGUUCAACCAGACAGAAAAGGGUCGUUCCCUAUACACAUUGCAGCCUCGGCAGGUAGACUUCUAGCAGUCAUCGUUUUGGUCACAAAGUUCCCUGGUUGUGCAGGAUUGCAUGACUCAGAUGGAAGAACAUUUGUUCAUGUUGCUGCCAAGAAGAAGAGAUACAGUAUAGUUGCAUAUGCAUGCCAAACGCCGGCAUUGUCAACGAUUUUGAACAAGCAAGACAAUGAAGGGAACACUGCUCUACAUCUAGCUGUUGAGGUUGGGGAUUGGUGGAUUUUCGCUCGCCUAUUUGCCAACAAGCAGGUGGACUUGAAUUUACCAAACAACAAUAAACAAACCCCACUGGAACUUGCUGUUAACACUAUUCCCACAGGACUGUACUGCCUCCUGAACUCACGAAUUCUGAUACAGGAAACACUAAUAGCUGCCAAUGCUACUCGUGGUGUUUUUCGGCGGGAUGCUAAUAUGCAAGAAUAUAGUCCCCAAUCUGAUGCAGAGAAUGAGGAAAAAGGGUCUGCAAUAGUAUCAAAUUCAACACAAUUUCUUAGCGUUGGCUUAGUCUUAAUUACAACGAUGGCAUUUGGUGCUACUUUUGCGUUACCUGGGGGGUACAUAGCUGAUGACCACACUCAUGGAGGAACUCCAACUCUAGCUCGAGUAAAACAAUUUCAAGGAUUUAUGAUGGCAAACACGCUAGCGUUUUUCUGCUCGUCGUUAGCCGUCCUAAGCCUUGUGUUUGCUGGAACACCUACAGUUGAGUUGCCAAUGCGUUACAUGCACUACAAUAUAUCCAUAUGGCUAUCUCUGAAUGCAGUAGGGUCCUUGGCCAUAGCCUUUGCAAUAGCUGUAUAUAUCUUGAUUACUCCAGUUGCUGCUAAAACCUCACUUGCGGUCAUUGUGGUUAUUCUUUCAAUAGGCAUCCUCCAUUCUCCCUCAGUAACUGAAAAAUUUACUGUGCUUUUGUUAGUGUUAUGUAUUAGACCAGGAAUAUUGCCACUAUUAAGAUCUAGUAUCUCUAAGGCGGUUGGAGAGGCAGAAGGAGGCGACGCGGUGGAUGAGGUCGCCGACAGUGACCGGCUUGGUUGCCAUUCCUCGGCGCUGCGACCGAGCCUUCCCCUGCGGGCUGCGGCCAUUUUCAUCGCCAACGUCGGGCGCCGUCGUGGACCUGCAGGUCGUGGCCCCGGCUACCUUGCCCCCAACUUCCCCUAUGUCCUGUCAGCCGCCACCAUGGACCCCAUCGCCGGCCAUGGCCGGAGGUCGAGCGAGGAAGGGAUAGAGAUAGAAGAAAUAGAUGAGGGAUAA